CAAAUUUUUUUAAUUUAAAAAGAAAGGAAGAAAGAAAGAGAGAAACAGCGACCCGACCCGGGCGUAUUAGUCAGUACCCAAGAGUGGAUUUGCCGGCGAAAGAGCUUCAAGAUUACAGUCGAAGACCCUUCAAAUGCGUUGUUGUCUUGUGUUCAUCCCCGUCGAUUGAGAAAUUGAUAGAUUUUGAUUGAUUUGGGUACUUUUACACAAUGAAUAAGCUACUGGAGUUUGGAAGGAAAGCAAUGUUCUACGUUAGGGUUCUAUCUGGGUACGAGGAGCGCAGAAUCCGAUCUUACAGAUUACAGCUUCAAAAGCGCCUCCAACAGGCAGAAGAAAGGAAGGCGGCCAUAAAAAGGAUCCCUGAACAGAUUAUUUUAUCAGAGGUUCGCCGUAUGGUUGAGGAGAUGCAAGCAUUAAAUAGGAAGCUGGAAGAAACGGAGGUGGCUAUUGAAGAGUAUUUCAAGCCAAUUGACAAGGAAGCUGAGAUCAUAAUGAAAACGCAGCUUGAAGGAGAGGAGAAGACAGUGAGGGAGAUGAUGAAAGCAAUGCAAACACAAGCUUUGCUCGAGCAAGCUGAAGCAGAAAGACUUGCAAAU